CGACUAAUCACUUUGUUCCAUGGAAAAUAAAUGUAUAUAAUAAUUUUGAAUUAGGUUAAAUACGCAAAUGUAAGAAAAAAAAAUUUCUGGAGAUCAAUCUUUUAUUUUUUCCGUGAAAAAUAUCUGUUAGGAUCUCAGAGUCGCAACAAUAACUACUUACAAACAAGUCCUACAGUCCUACACAAAUUUCCAAUUUGCAAACAGUGCUCGACUUGAAAAUGGCGACGAUCGGAUCCUUGAUAGUAGAAGAUCAGCGUGAACCAGAGAAACCCAUAGACAGAGAAAAGACAUGUCCAUUACUCUUAAGGGUAUUUUGUAGUUUAGGACGUCACCAUCAGACUAUGGAAUUUGCACGAGCCAACACACCAGCAAAUGAGUUGCAGAUUUAUACAUGGAUGGAUGCUACAUUAAAGGAAUUGACUAGUCUAGUGAAAGAAGUUAAUCCAGAUGCCAGGAAGAAAGGGACAUUUUUUGAUUUUGCGAUUGUUUAUCCUGAUCCAAGAACUCCAACAUACAGAUUACGAGAAAUUGGUACAACUUGUUGUGGUAAAAAAUCAACUGAUGAUAAUGUAACUUUAGCCAGUAAAAAAUUUCAAAUUGGCGAUUAUUUAGACAUUUCAAUUUCUCCACCAAGGGGUGGACCAUCACCCAUGAUGAGGUCUCGACGACCGUACUAAAGAGGGUUUAGGAUGUAAUUCAAUGUUUUAUAAUGGACAGUGAAAUUUCAAAUAUUUUUUUUAAAAUAAAAUUUAAAGUAUGACACACACAACUGUUACAAGGCAAAUUUCCUUGAAAUGCAAUAGCAAAAGAAAAAAUGUGUCAGAGAUCAAGCUCAUUUGAUCAGGUAAUUGGAACUUUGUGGACAUACGAGAUGUAAAAAAAAAAAAAACAUUAGUUAUUUCCAGUUGUGUAGGUCAAAUGAUAGUCACUAUGCAAAACAAUCUGUUGUCUGCGUCUUGCUCUAUGAAAGACUAUAACAUGCCCUAUAAGCUGUCAGAAUGUAAAUUAGCCUUAACAUACCAUUAAACAUUUUUCAUGAAUGAAAGAAUCAUCAAAACGCAUAUACCUGAAAGAAUUUAUAUUCAUUCUUCAAUAUUAGCUAUCAUCAUUCUGUUUUAAAUUCUUUAAUAUGUGUAACAGACACUGUUUUUUUUAAGCAGAUGCUGUUUUUUUUUUUAAAUAAAAUGAUGAGAAAGAUG